AUGGCGGAUGUUCCAAACGUCGUCAACAUCGCUAUUUCAUAUCGGGGCAACUCGCAUCGUCUCAGUGUCGUAUCCGAUAGCACACUUGCCGCAUUGCACGAUCAGCUCGAGCAUGCCACUGGCGUGCCGACUUCUCUCCAGAAGCUUCUUUACAAGGGCAAGAAACCUGGUCUUACUCCAGAUACAACAACACUGGAGCAGGCUGGCUUUAAAGAUGGAAUGAAAGUGCAGCUUAUUGGGCCCAAGGCAGAGGAGGUGGGUGAGAUGCACAGCGUCGAGAGUGAGAAACGGAGGAAAGAAGAGGUGCUCGCGCGGCGGAGAAUGAUGAAUCUACCUAAAGCGAGUGUUCCACGUUCGACGGGACAAACUUCUUCGUCGACAUUAAAUUACAGGUUUCACCAUUUGGUCCCGCUCCCUCAUCUGCCAGCCCCCGAUACCGCGCUCUCGCUGCUACAGAGGCUCUCUAGUGAUCCAGCCAUUCAACACGUCAUGCAGGCAAGUAUUUAUAACCUUUUGCUAUUGUCAGUUGUGCUCAACUCGAUACAUUUUAUUGGAUACAUUUCUUUAUUUAUAUUAUUAACGUUGCUUUAUAUACAGGCGCACAAAUUUUCUGUGGGUACCCUAACAGAGUUUGCACCGCACGAACACCCCGACCUUCUUGGCCUGAAUGUUAAUCGUGGCGAGGCAAUCAAAUUGCGUCUUCGUACAGAUGUUUACGAUGGAUUUCGAUUGUACGCGGACAUUCGCCGAGUGCUGUGUCACGAGCUUGCGCACAAUGUCUGGGGCGAACACGAUAACAAUUUCAAGACUCUAAACUCCCGACUGAAUAAGGACGUCGCGGAUUUCGAGCGAGCACAACGCGAAGGUGCUCAUACACUGUCAGGCACAGGCGACGUCUAUACACCCACAGCACCAACACCCGACCUUGAGUCGGAAGCGCAAGCUUAUAUCCUUGGUGGAUUGUCUCCCGCUGGACCAAUUAGCGACACCCGCGAAGAACGAAGACGCCGUGCCUUGGACGCUGCAAUCAACCGGCUUCGGAAAGAGGAAGAGGAGCUUGAACAAAGCUGUGGGACUGCUGGCCCUGGACAUGAUAGAGAUGCGAGUGCUUCAACAAGCAAUGCCUCUUAAUUUUUUGUAUUCGUUCUAUUGAAACGUGGACGAGAUGCUCAUAUGUUGUAUUUCUUUCACCGCUUUUAGGAUUGUAUUCUUUUUGUACAUUUCAAGAGAUUGCAUCGCCAACGUGGCUUACUAUUGGUAUUAUUCUAAGGGAUUACUUGUCCCUUUGAGCGUACUAAUAUGGAUAGGUGUUUGCGAACAGUGUUAGAUCUGUUGCAUAGAGACUUCAGUACAGAAACAAGCACAAAAGCUAGCAAAUGCAAGCUUCGACCGUUUCGCAGGAGAACAUCCACCGAAACAGGACCAGUGAUUCGGUCUUUCUGCACCAGACCAUAUCACAUAUCGUACGCGGGGUCGGGCACCGUCGUCCAUUGAUCAAGCAUAUCCUGGGACUCCAUGCCAAUAUCCUCCAGCCACCCAAGAAUCUUAGCAUCUCUGUCC